AUGUUUGAGUCGAAUGAGACGUGCACAUUCAACAUAGCUCCCGCCUCUCACGGCCAUAUCCUGACGCUCUCGUGCCUGGACAAGUCCGGCAUCGUCCGUGCCUUGACGGGGUUUUUUGCGGCCGCGAAGCUCAACGUCCUAGACCUCCAACAAGUUUCCGACCUCGUCUCGGAAAAGUUUUUGGUGCGCGUGCACUUUGGGCCGACCGAGACCGAGUCGACGGAGCAUCUCAAGGGCCCGUUAGACGCCCUCGCCGCCGAUGUUCAACUGGACUGGUACCGCAUCCGGCCCGUCACCAGGAAGCUGCGCACCCUGAUCCUGGUCUCGAAGAUCGGACACUGCCUCAACGACCUUCUCUUUCGCGCAAAUUCGGGCCAGCUGCCCAUUGAUAUCCCCCUCAUCGUCUCCAACCACAACGAGUACCAGGGCACGGCCGGCAACUACGGCAUCGACUCCCACCACCUGCCUGUCAACAAGGACACCGAGGACGAACGGGAGGAGGCCAUCCUGCGCCUGGUCAAGGAGAACGACACUAAGCUCGUUGUCCUGGCCAGCUACAUGCAGGUUCUCACCUCUCAGCUGUGCGCAGCCAUGUCCGGCAAGAUCAUCAACAUCCACCACCCCUUCUUGCCGUCUUUCAAGGGCGCCAAGCCCUACCACCAGGCCUACGAGCGCGGCGUCAAGAUUAUUGGCUCGACGUCUCACAUUGUCACGGCUGACCUAGACGAGGGCCCAAUCAUUGAGCAGCGCGUCGCCCGAAUUGACCACUGCAUGAGCCCCAGGAUGUGGUCGAGGAAGGAUUCAACAUUCAGAGCCAGUUCCGGCCGCUACGGUCGAGUGGACUGCCGAGGGGCGUGCGUUCCUCAACAAGAUUAA